CUAAACAGGCUAACAGCUUGGCAAUCAAAGCUGUGCUGUCGUACGCAACAGACACAAGAGAAAAUCCACCAACAGCUCGCAGUUCGGCAGCAACAACAACAAAACGCUCUUGAGACAAGAUGAAGGCAUCACUGGUCAUAUUGCUGUUGGGCGUGUUUGCCGCCCUCGCCCUGGCUAGGCCCGAGAAGAAAUACACAAACAAAUUCGACAAUGUCAAUGUGGACGAAGUGCUGAGCAAUAAUCGCAUCUUAAACGCCUACAUCAAGUGCCUGAUGGAGAGUGGACCAUGCACGGCCGAGGGACGCGAGCUGAAGAAACUGCUGCCCGAUGCCCUCGAGUCGGAGUGCUCCAAGUGUACCGAUGUGCAACGUCGCAAUUCCAACAAGGUGAUCAAUUAUCUGCGAACUAACAAGCCCAGGGAAUGGACCAUGCUCCUCGACAAGUACGACUCAAAGGGCAUCUACAGGGCCAAGUACGAGAAGCACACUAAGAAUAAUUAAAAAUAACAAACAACAAAAAAA